AUGUCGAACCCUUCAGGCACCGGUGUUGCGGCACCAGUCUUCUCAUACGCACAGGCCGCAAAAGGACUCACGCCUUCGACCUCCGCGCAGCAGACUCCCCGCAACGAAAGCCCUGCCGCUUCUGAACAGAGUGCCAAAGAACAGACUUCCAUCGAGUCCAGCAACUCUACAUCAACCCCGAAACCCGAGUCUGAUGACAAAGCCAGUCUGGAUACCAGCGAUAUCAAACCGACCAUUCAACAGUCGACAGACAAGGAGAACAUUCCACCGCCAGCACAGCAAAAGCAGGCUUCAACUCCAGAGGAAAGAUCAGGUCCGCUAGACACUGGUAGCAACGAACCAAACCAUGACUCCCAGAAAGACGAGACCAGGCCAUCGCAGAAUGGACGAUCAUAUUCGGAGCAAUCAAUCGAGUCUUCUUCUCAAGAGAAGGGAUCGGAGAGGAAGUCCAAAGAAGUGGAUGAUGAUUGGGAGAAGGUUUCGGUGCCUUCAAUGACUGCAGAAAAGCCUCUCAAGGCGGCGCCGCUCCCCGCAGUUAAUAUUUGGCAACAACGCAAAGAGGCUCAACAGGCGAAGUUGAAAGACCUGGUUGAGCAGCAGCGUAUCACCGUCCCUGCUGCGCCUGGUCCAAUUCCCAAGACUACAAAUGGCAACGAAGAUUCGAAGCGCAAAUCAAUCAGCAAGGACUCCGUCAGCGGUGAACAGGAAUCAAAGAAUGCCGAUAGCACUCGGGGCAACAGUCGAAAGGACACUCCAUCAGGCCGAUUUUCCCGAUCCGAGAGAGCAGAGGCAGGGAUUCCACCUGCAGGAGAUGCUCAGUUAUGGCCAACCCCUGAAAUCUCGAAUGUGGAAGAACGACGCAAGUCAUCUGCUCACGAGAAAGUGGAGAAGCCGGAUGCCAAAGAGCAGGGUCAGAAAUCCCACGGCAAACAGUGGGUUCCCAUGCGUUUCGUUCCGACGGCCAAAUUUGAGACGCAACUCCCACCGUCUGCCGCUCGUCGAGGUGGUAGAGGUGGCGCCCGAGGUGGUCGAGACUCGAAUGGUCGUGGUGGACACGCUGGCAGUGGCCAUCCUGCCGAGAAACAAGAAUCGACAGGGUCUAUGGGGCCGCCUCCUCUCCCAAGAAGUUUGGGUGAUCAAGACAGAGGCCGUCGAGCUGAAGGUCAUCAUGGUACUCGUGGUGCAUCUGUUCCUACCACCAGUGGUACGCGACAACCGAGCCGAGAUGAGUCGACACCCAGUUUUCGCAAACCUUCCGUGCCUUCUGCCAAAGAACACGCCGGUGCUGAUGUCGCCGGAAAUGUUGCGGUUACAAACCAACCGAAUGGAGAAGAUCAGAUUCCAAAAACUGAUCAAAGCUCCCGCUCCUCCUCGAGACACACUGGACGUGCUGGAGGUCGUAUGGUGAAUGGGGACGGCAAUCCUGCAUCCGAACAAGCUUCCGGCGGCUGGGGUCAUUCAAGUGAGCCCUCCAUCCGCUAUUCGUUGCCCGCCGAUCGGACCAAAGGCGGCGCACACAAUGCACGAGGAAAUGGCGACUUCCCCCGUGAGCGCGGAUCUGGCAGAAAUCGUGACUGGUCAAGAGACAAACCUGAUUCAGCGCGUGAGAAAGUCGAGUCCUGGCGAGACCGAGAGCCUUCUGGAGAACACAAUCAUCGCCGUGAUGCUCGCCCUGAGCGCGGCCGUGGAGGUUAUCGUGGUAGAGGCAACCACAACUACAAUCCUGCAUUUGGCUCGUCGCACGCCUACACAUCUCCUCUGCCCCAGAACGGAUUUGAGCCAUCCAGGUCGAAUUCUCACCCCGAGGGUCGCUCAAGACAGACAUCUCAAACAUAUCAACCUGGCCAGCAAGCCAGCGCUAACAACACCUCCCGGUCGCAAUCCAUUCCCGUUGGUAUGAUGUUCCCAGGUUACUACAACGCUCAAUCAGGCACGGCUCAAGGUAUGCCGGUGUUGCAGACUGACGUGGCAAUGUAUGGCUACCCAUCUGGAGUGCAGAUGCAGCCGGGUAUCAUGACUGCUAUGCCAUAUAACGAUCCUUUGAACUCGUAUGCCUUGCUCUCCAUGGUCAUGACUCAAGUUGAGUACUAUUUUUCGAUUGAUAACCUGUGCAAAGACCUGUUUCUGAGAAAGCACAUGGAUGGUCAAGGCUACGUGCCACUUAGUGUUAUUGCAAACUUCCAGCGGAUCAAGACUCUGACUGAAGACACCAUGACCAUGGACACUCUUCGAUACGUGUGCCAGCAGGUCAAGAGUGUGGAGUUUCUUCCUGGACCCGACGGCACUGAUCGCCUGCGACGACGAGACAAUUGGCGAGACUUUGUUCUUCCAGUCGAGGAGAGAUUCGAAUCGGCUCGCAAUGAUGGGCCUUUGACGAGUCCCCUGCCAUAUGCCCAAUCAUCACACGAGCAAGCUGCGUCUUUCGAAACAGCCUUUGGUUUCGGGCAGAUCCGCAGUCCUCAAUUGAACGUCGCUCCCGUCAACGGUACUUUCCCUACCGGCUCUCCACUGUCCUUUGUCCCAGGGGCCUCGGUGGAUGGACACGUUCCCGGUGCACCAUUUGUUCCCGCGUUUGAGACGGUGAACGGUGAUGAGACUCGUGUUUCAUCUAUGCCAUCGUUUCCUCCCGCUGCGCCUGAUGCAGUGCAGAAUUUGAGAUCACCCUCAAACCCCGCUUCAGCUUCGCCCAACCACAUGGUCAACGGUCAUCAUCGUCAGGCUUCUCGUGGCGACAUCGAAGAAGAUAUGUUUCCUGACGAGCAAAUUGCACACAUCAACAUCCGCAUGCAGCCACGCUUUUUUGCCGGUCAGGAGAUGACUGCAUCUUUCUCCAACCUUACUGAAGCGUCGUCUCAAGAAGCUUCUACUGGGGCUAACGAAGCUACCAAUGGCGUCGCCGAGUCGGAUCACUCUCGUAUUCCAGGGCUACGUGGGGGAGCAGGGAGUCCACAACAACUUGGGCAAUCCGAAACCAUCUCGUUUGGAUUCCCAAAUGCGACUCCGACUGGUGAUGGCAACAGUAUCAUCUACUUUGCAAAAGACGGUCGGGAAACUCAUCUGCCACCACCAAUGCUCGGACAAUACGACCAGACCUAUCUGUCACUGCACGAUGUGGCAUUUCAACAACGCCAGCUGGGCGUCGAGGGAGCCUUGGAGCCACUGUAUUCUUUCUGGGGCGAUUUCCUGAUGCAUAAGUUCAAUGUCGCCAUGUAUGAAGAAUUCAAGACCACUGCUGUCGAUGAAUUCAAACAAGGCCAUGGCAGUGGUAUGGCGCAUCUUGUCCGUUAUUACGGCAAGCUCUUAGGUGGACCCAUCCCGGUCAGUGAACGCCUCGCCUCUGACAUGGCCACACUUAUGCGUGACGAAAAGAGCGAGGAUCGUGCGAUUUUCCAUACCUUGCGGACGGCCUGGCGCAAUGGAGCCACCAACAUGAAGACCAUCAAGAGAUUGCGUGAUGUCCUCACUGCUGAGGAGAAAGCCGAGCUCGACAGAAGUGGUUGA